CACGUCGUCUGCUUAAACAAGAGAAAGUGAAUAUCAGUUUAUUAAUCCUCUUUAUUUAAUAAAAAUUCCACUGUGUGGAGGACUGGAAUGGAAUUAGCUGAACUUUGUAGAAUUUCUGAGAAAUACGCGAUGGAAGACAGAGCGGCAAGACCGAAAAUUGUCUUAGAAAAACGCGGACUUUCAUACACGCGCUCAAUCCGGAAAAUGGGCGAGAAAAGACCACAGCGCAGCAGGAGUAAGAGCUUACCAAGUCUAGCCAUACAUAUUCCACCAAAGGCUUUUCCUAAUGAGCCAUUGCAAGAAAUUAUCAAAGAACAGAACAGUUUUGCUGAAGAUGAUACUGACUGCCAGGACGAAUCGGUCAGAAUUAGGCAGUUCAGUACAACGAUGAAAGGACUUGUAAAAAUGGGUGAUUUAAGAAAAGACAGUCGAAGAGACAGCGGGUAUUCUAGUACAAGUUACAGAAGAAAUAGUUCCAUCUCUAUUUCAAGCGCAUGCGGCAGCAAUUACGGCCGACGGGAAAGUGUUUUCGCGGAACUCCCGUCAAAUAGACGGAACAGUACAUUUGCAUCGUCCUAUUGUACGCCAGUACGUCGUACAAGUUGUAUAACUGAAAGAGAGUAUAAAAAACUUGGAAACACAUUUGCUUUUAAUAGCUCUCAGGACUCAAUUCUAGACGAGUGUCCCUCGGAAUAUCAGGUUCUAGUUUUUGGUGCAAGUGGCGUCGGCAAAAGUGCUAUUAUCAAUCAGUUUACAACUUCUGAAUUCCUUGGUGCAUCAGAUGUACAUACAGAUUCUAUCGAGCAAAGAACAAGCGUAUCCGUGAUACUGAACAAAGAGGAAUCUGUGAUGGAGCUCAUCGAGGAAAACAACCCUACAAUAAUAGAAGAACCUAGAGAAUAUGACAUCGAUGCAUAUAUGAUAGUAUAUUCUUGCGCAGACAGGAACUCAUUUCGUGCUGCCAGCCAAGUAUUGAAGAGACUGAAAGAAGAGACAGGAAGUUGUAAAACGGUUAUGAUUGUCGCAAACAAAGUAGAUCUGGCCAGGAAACGGCAGGUUAAUUACGAUGAGGGUAGAAGCUUGGCAUAUUCUUAUAACUGCAAGUACAUUGAAACAUCUGCCGCCCUUAAUCACAAUGUUGAUGAACUUUUGGCGGGAGUUCUUAGUCAAAUUCGUUUGAAGCAGUACGGAGAAUAUGUAAGAGACAAUAUGAUUGGCCAGAAGAAACAACGCCCACAGAAAGGCCUCACGGGAGCGCUGAAAACAGCGUUUCGAGGUGUGUUCGGAAAGAAGCAAAAAAUAUCUAGUUGUGAGAACCUGUAUGAAAUAUGAUGUAUGAAAUAUCAUUAUAAAUUUUACAUUCCAUUCAUCGCUAUGUGUGCAUUUGAGUAUUCACAGCCGUAUAUUGACACCGCUAAACGUCUUAAAACCGCUAAACCUUCAUAACUAUUUUCAUAGAAGAUUUAAAUAAAAACUGAAGGCGAAGUGAAAGCGGAAGGAAGUUAACAUAUAAUGUAUAUUAUAUGGUCAGAUAUGUUAUAAUUUAGAUCACCUUGUAUUGAUGAAAAAAAGCUGUAGUCAUUCCAUAUACAUGAUGUGUUAGCGGUGGCUGCAUGCGUCUGUAUCUAUUAAACUUUCUUUUCUCCUAUGCAUUAUUUUAACUGAAGGACGAUUUUUCAAUUUUGUUUUUAUUCAAUAAGUUUGUGAAACUUAUGUAAAUUCAUUCGCAGCCAUUUUUAAUUAAUGGACAGUUUUUAUAAAACACAUACUGGUAAGCCCCAACUUUCAGAAUUGAAGAGAAUGAUUAGCAAACAAAAUCAUACAGUGAGGUAGUGUCUAUACUAAAGGAAUGAAUGUCAUAUUUUUUUGUUUUACACACUUGUAAAACCCGAAACCAAAGUACACA